AUGUCCGAGGAGCUGGAGAACCAGCGGCUCGAGUUCGACCACAAAACUGUUCCUAAACAAGGUUUUAGUUUUUCAUUUGAUUAGUUUAUUCAUGAGUUAAUUAUUUUCCUCUAACCAUUUUCUGUAGGAUAGAAAUCGCAGAGAACUCUUCUCAUUAGAAACCUACGUGGAGCUUUGAAAAUUUUCAGUUUUCGUUUUUUAGAACCCCAUCGGUAUCAGGAAAUAAGGUUAAAAAGGAUACAAAGUUUAAUAGUUUUUCUCAUUUUUUUAAAGUUUUUCUCAUCAUUUUUUUACAAAAAGUUUUUUUGACUCUUGACCAGCAAACCUCGAAAAUUUUGAAAAGUCUGUUUUACGAAUUUCCUUUGGCCCACAAAAAUUGAAGUUAUUCCUUGAUCUCGUAUUUUGUGUAGAUCAGAACUGUAGCGCCAAAAAGGAAAUGUCGGCAUUUUUGUCCUCCAUUGUGAUAUUUCUACUCGGACCUCGGUAACGCGAAACGGACGCUUCUGAGAAAUUCUAGAUAUCACUUAAGAGUUCUGAAGCUACUAUAGUGAUGACUAGAAAUGUUUCGACACGCCCGGCUCGCUUUACGAAGGGCCGAAGAUCCUGAACUUCCUUAAUUUUCUCAAAACUUCCUCAAAACCUCAUUUUUUUUCUCAUUCUUUCAAGAUCGUAACGAAUACUUUUUUUCAAAUUUUUUAUUUUGGGAAUUCUAAAAAUUUUAAAAAGCCAAAAUCCAAAUUUUUCCGAGGACCGACUCUUCUGAGGUCUGGAUAACAUGCAAAAAAGGAGGAAAUUUUUGAGCUUUAACUCUCAAAAGCUGAAUUUGUAGACUCCUAGUGCACCCAAGAUUUUUGAGCCGAUUUUAAGAAGUUUUAUGAGUUGCCGGUUGAAUAUACUUCAAUUUUCAGGCCAACGUAUGUUUGUAUAACGUGGAAAUGAUUGAUUUGCAGAACCAGAAGAGCUGGAAGACGUAGAAGAACUGGUGGAACGGGAAGAUGAGCUGAUGGAAGCCGCCUCGAGUUCCAACGGAAGCGUCCAUCCUCCGUCAGAAGAAGAAAUUCACGUUCGUUUUCCUUCCCGCAAUUACCUGAGCGAAUCGUUUGGCUGACCUUGAAUCUGUCGUUUUCCCCUUCACUUAGGGAAAUUCUGAGGUCGUUCGGUUUUAAACACGUUUUGAGAAAGUGACUAUAAUGCAAGAUUUUUUUUUUAGUUUUUAGGUCUUCUAGAGGCUAUCUAAACAUUAAUUUAAUCAAAUUUAAUCACAAGCAUCCAUUUUGAUAGCAAUAAGAGAAAAAUUUCUGCUUUUAAGCGUUGAUUGGAAGUAUGCUCAAAAUAUCCUUCACCUGUCAAAAAUUGUUAUAUUUAGCCUUUUUUGCCUCUUUUUUUAUCGAAAUUUCAUCAAGUUUUGGAUUUCAAAUCUUUCUCAAAUUUCAUCAAAUCUGAACCUUGCUAAACUCGUAAAAGAAGCGCUUCAGGAAAAAGGAUCAUAAGUUUAUUCAUUUCACUAUAUUUUCUUGAACUGCGUAUUAGAAUUCUUCCGAGUUUUUUCGAAUCUGAACAUUUUCAGCUACGCCUGAUAGACUGCGUGAGAAGUGAGCCGGCCCUUUUUGACCCCAGCGACGAGAAUUUCGGAACAAAACGAAGUUCGCAAGCGUUCCGGAAUCAAACCUGGAAUCAUUUCACCGACGAACUCAAUUGGAAUAGUUCGUUUUCACUUUUUUUUUCUCGUAAAUAAAAAGCUUUUGAAGAAAAUAAUCAAUUGAUUUUCAGGUCCCGUCUCAAUGCAGUCCAUUUGGAAAUCACUAAAAGAGCGGUAUAUCCGAAAAAGGAAAGGCGGACAGGUUAAUAUUAUUCUUUUUUUAUAGUUCUGAUUUCUUUGGAGUCUGUUGAAAAAUGAUGGUUUAUUAAAAAUGAAGGAACGAUUCGCAUUUUCCUUUUCAAAAACUUCAUCAAUUUUCUUCGACAUUCAAAACGGUUAUUUUGACUUUUUUUUUUGUUAAGCUGAAUUCAUUUCCCUAGUUUAUUCAAGAGCCCGAACUUUUAUUUAUACAAGUAAUUCAGGUGGAAGCUGAAGAUCGGGAAAUUUUGACCCCAAAAGUUCUCGAAGCGAUGCGGUUUUUCGACCCAUUUUUUGGCCUUUCUUCGAAUUCCAAUCCCAAUCCAGGUUCUUUUCUUUCCCUUUUUCGAACCAUAAAACGAGCGAACAAAUAUUCAAAUGUGGAAAAAUCUAUCACGAGAAACAAAGGUAAAAUUCUCUGACUCUUAAAAUAAUUCAUAAGUGACAAAAUCUGACAAAAAUUCGUUUAACAGUUUUUAUUAAAGCUCUCCUAGAUCGUUUUUCAAUUCAGUUUUUUUUUUCGAAUUCUGAAUUUAACUCGAGCCGCAACGCGACCGCGGUGCUAUGAGCCAUUCUGAUUGCGGCCAGACUCUUGAAUUCUCGAAAAAUGAAGUACAUCGUUAAAGAACAUUUUUCCUUGUUUUACUCCAUUUUCUAAAGCGCUCGGAAUAAAGAAAAAAUGAUCGUGCAGUGAAAUGUUAUAUUUUGCUAGAAAACGUAAUUGUCGACGUGAAAUAUUCAUUAUAUAUGAAUACGUAGCAACGAUCUUUUUCAGAUUCGAGUAAUAAAUAUUUUUGCAGCUUGCAUAUUAACACGCGAAAAAGACGUUUGGGAAUCGCCGCACUCUCAAACAAUCCCCCAUGACGUCAUGAUUUCAGGGUUCGUUUUCGGUUCAAUACCUAGAAAAUAUUAUUUUUCCUUCUUUUUAGGUAUAAACCGCAGACGCCGACGGCCAGGACCAGAAUGAUGGAAAAUGAACCCGUCACUACUAAUAGCACCGGUUUGUUUCAAACUUACUGGAGACUUGAAAUUAUUGAAGACUUUAAGAAAUAAUAUUGUUUCAGUUCUUUUUGUUACCGUAAACUGAUUUUUGAAGAGUGCAAUAACUCGCAUAUUUCAAAAACAUGAAAAAAACAUUUUUUUAUGAUAACUUAUUUGAAAUCAUAUUUUUAUUAUAAAAUGUUUUUUUCCAGUUCUGAGAAACUUCCUAAUUAAAGUUAUUAUCAAAAAAAUAAAGCCGGUUUCAAUAAGAAAUUUUUUUGAGAAUUUUUCUUGAAAAUGAAUCUCAAAAAGAGUUUCAAACUCUAUUCUUUCUGAAAAGAAAUAACUAAUUUUGGAUUUAUUCGGAGGGUUUUUGAAAUUGCGAAGCGGUAGAGUCAACGUGGCUAGCAUCACGUAAGCGCGCAUCCUUUGCAGUUUUACUUUUGUUUAUUUUAAAAUUCUUCCUUUCUUUAUAGUUUUUGAUAUAUCCAUGUUGUCCCUUCAGUUAACACUUCGAAUGGGUUUUUUUUUGUAAAAUUUGCUCAUUAAGCUGCUAUAACUUAAUUAUGCUCUUGUUUCUAUCUUUGUAAUCCUUGUGCUUAAAAAAGCUUAAACUAACCGGGAUUUGAAUACUUUUUUGUCUUUUUGUAAUUUGUUUUAAUGCAUUGAAUCGCAUUCAGGAACCCUGCGAGCUCUCAAGGAGAACGGGAUGAUGGUAAAAGAAAAGAACCCAGAACAAAAUAAUGAGCAUGAAGGUUUUCCUUUUGGGUCACAUUUUCUUUCAAGCCAGACUUUUAAGAGAAAGAUGAGCAUGAUGUUACUUUGGAUGCGGAUUUACUGAGAAAACAGCAACAGUUCAUUUCGACUAGCUGGAAAUCCCGUGUUAUGCUUUUGAUAAAACAAGGAAAAGUGCAGCGGGUUGGGCGACUGUCUUUUCGAAAAUAAUGGAGGUUUUGAGGAAGUAAGCGCUAGUUUCCCGUCCCUGGAUGAAAUCAUUCUCAAGAACUCCAAGCACACGGGCUAUCUCCAGUGCCGGAGGUGCCGGAUUCUGUUUAGCGUGAGCGCCGGAGGACACAUUCAGUACUGCACAUUGCAUGAAACCUUGAAAAGGAGACUUUUCAGACGCCAUGUCUCAACCAACUGCCCAUAUACAGCCGAAAAAUUACAAGAAGCCAUUGAAAACGAUCCCGAAACUGGUAGGAACUCUUAGAGGAAACGAGUUUUUUGUCAUGAAAAUGUUCGUUUCUUUGGACUUUCUGUCCUUUUAUGUCACUGCACUUACGGGUUUUUUUUAUUUCUCAAAUUCAUAUUUCAAUUAUGGAAUUUAUUUUAGCGUGUUUUCUUGAGAGUUUUUUCUGAAAAAUCUCACAAGAAAAUCUCAAAUCGGUCAAUAAAAAAGUAUAUCGCAUGUUCGAAUAAUAUUUUUAGCUUCUCUUCUUGAUAGAGUCCUUGAAGUAUCAUUAUUGAUUUUUCUUAGUGGUUUCGUUACAAAAUACAGUUCCUUUUUCUCUCUCAAUACAUGUUCUAUCGCUUUGAUUACUAUUCGUUGAUUAAAUAUGCUGCAUGACCCGAGGCUCGGAACGAAAAGAAUAAUCGAAAAGAAGACGAGACCGCUUCGCAAUGCAUGACCCUCGCGCAGACUUGUUUCUCAGAUAAAGAUGUACUAUGACUAGUUUGGAAUUUUUACUAAAGAUCUUUUUUGCGCGAAAUAUGUUUAUUUUCAAGGGACAAAAAAUUUUGGCUUAAAUUUUCGCAAAACCUGUUCAGAAAAUGUGCGACAAGUAUUGAUUUACGGAUUUAAAAUGACGAAUAUUAUUUUACUGAUAAAUCAUCUUCUUCUCGUUCAGGAUACGUAGUGGUGCAACCUUCGACGGGCCACGUCAACCGGACAGCUCGACCUGUGAAAGCACAUCCAGCCGCGGCCAACGAAGACCCGACUCCAGCUCAAAAUUCAAAGUUUCCAUCGCUUCUCCUUUUUUUUUCUAACUCCUAUAUUCAGCAGCUUGCCGCCUGCUCGACCCUACAAUCAGACUCCAACGAGGCGAUUUAUUGUGAGUUUUCAAAGGAUUUUUUUUUUCUUCGCUAGUGCUCAUGAGCUUAAUGAAGACUUUAGCCAUAAAUCUUCCUCCCUUCGAAAACGUCUCCUUUCAUUUUCAAGAGAAUAUUCAGGUACACACUGGCCCCAAACACAGCAAUGGGUCGGCUGCACCUGGACAAUUUAUCGACAAUUCCACGGUUUCGGUAACGGCCAGUGGAAAUUCCGGGAUGGUUGGGCACAUCAAAAAAGGUGAAAUUUUGUCUUCAUAGGCUUUUUUUAAAAUCCUUUCCGAAUCUUUGAAGAAGUUCAGACUGGAUUUCAUAAAGGUUUUAAGGUUUGGUAAAGUGAGUAAAUAUGACUUCGAACAUUUCAGCAAGGUUAUGUUCAUUUUUGGCUUAUUUGCUAAACUUUUCGUAUUUUAUAGCACAAAUUGUCUAUAAGAUUUGAAAACUGGAAUUUUUACAGACCCAAGAACAAUGACAAUGCUCGUGGACACGUCGACGUGCUAUCAAAACGGCUCGGGCCAGAAAAUGUUCCGACUUUUCACGGUUCCGUCGAGCGCCAUGCAACAGCCGCACCAGGCGCCGUCGACAGGAGCCGCGGUCCCGACUUCGGUCGCCGAGACGCCCGUUUCCAUGACCGAAUAUGAGGGACAUCAUCGCAUGAUCGACCCUAUGAUUGACAGCAGAAGGUUUGGUUUCCAGAAGAAAACAAUUCAAAACAUUAUCGUCCCUGGUAAGUUGCCAAACCUCCAAGUAUCAAAAGAAGGUUAUCCCGAAGGUUAUUAUUUUUUUUUUCAAGCCUUUUGUAAAUAGGAAAAUUCCAUAUACAAAUGAACAGCUUAAGUUAGACUCAAUCUUUGGAAGUAAAUCGUGAGAAUGAGAAAAGUCAAAAUAAAACUCCAUUUCCUCACUUCUUCCAUUUUUGUUUUCUAACUGGAAGCUUCUGAUCAAACUCGUAAGGAUUCUUCAUUUUAACUUUUUUUUCACUAAAUUCAAACGUCCUUAUUUGAAGCCAACGUCUAAAAAAUUCAUUGCUGACAGGAGCAAACUCUUUUUCAAAGCGAUUUUCAGUGCGCCGCCGCCAAGGAAGAAAAUAGCGAUGUCGAUGCCCCAGAGACACGGAAGUCCGUCGACGUCGCACCACGUCAUGACUUCUGUCGCUUCUCAUCAUCCUUCCAGUCAGUUUUUUCGAAUGGUCCGAAAUAGAGAAUGUAUCGAGUCAACCACGGUGGAUUUUCUAAAAUUCCUCUUUGGAAACUGUAAUCUAACGUGCGCAGAAAGUUCAUAUCCAUAAUUUUAUUGAAACGGGAUUCUUUUGAAGUAUUGAAAAAGGCGAUUAAAAAAGCUUUCCCCCUUUCAAAAUUUGUUUGAAGGACUACCAAAUCCAUCGUUUCUUUCUUGAUAAAAACUUUAUUGCUCAAAUUUUUUUCAUUUAGAAAGAAUUAAAAUUUGUCUUAUAUCAUAGAUUUUUUUCAAAGCUUUUUAAAAAAAUUAAGUUGAGAAAUUGGGUUCUUAAGGGAGAAUUCGAACAUUUUCUACGAGCUUAUCUUUCUGAUUAUAAUUUUUUUCAAGUGUAAAUUGAUUCGAGUUUUGAGAAGUUUGAUGUAAAUUUUCUGUAUAAGCUAUUUGAAACUGAGCUUCGUAAAAAAUCGAAGAAGUUCUGUUUCUCCAGAUUACGCCCAACAUCCGAACGCCCACCACAUCUCUUCGAACACGAACGCCGUCUUGGCGAGUACGUUGAGACACUCUUUGGACGGCCUUCUGACGUCUGGGACCGAGGACGAAAUCAUCGAGGACGGAAUCCAGGAGGACACCCUCGUCAUUGAUCCCACUGGUCCAGACUCAUUCCAGCCAUCUUUUUUCCACAAGAUAUGGUUUCAGAGGAAGAAUCUCCGUUGUUAAGCGAAUCUCCUGAGCUCAGCUCGUGUAUGAUCAGCGGUCAGCAGACGAUCCAGCCGAGAACUUCCAUCCACCAUCAUCAUCAUCAUUCCAUGGGUUAGUUUGAAGAUAUGAACUAAUACGGAUGAUAAAUAUGAGAUCAAUCCAUUUUGCAUCCAUUUUGUUGCUUUGAGGUGAAAAUUUCGAAAAUAAAGGUUUUUAGGAAAUUGGACGCCUGGAGGCUAAGGCUACAUUAAGACUGAGAAAAACUCGUCAAGCAUGAGGCUAAAAAAGAUGCGAAAAUGAAGAGAAACGACGCGAAAAACUUUAAGGAAAAUAUAAUUUUUGAAAAGGUUUUCCGAAACCAUUCAAUUUUGUUAAAUUAAACGUGAUUCAUCCUUGUGUGAAUCGCAUGUUUCAAACUACACCAGAGCAAAAAGAGAACGGGAGUUACAGUUUCAGCACGGAGGAGCUCUCCGGACGAAGAGCCGGCGAUGAUCAACAGCCCGUCUCAAUACGACUCUGAUUUGCAGUUCCAACAACUCAUCAGCAGCCAUUUGAGCCGAAUGAACGAUGAUGAUGUUAGUUUUUCUGAAAUUAUUGAAAAGGGAUCAUCAGAGAAAGGAAACUAUUUAUUCCAAGUUUCAUCUCGGAGACUACGAUCAUUUAUGCGGCUUUUUUCUUUCAAUAUUCAAUAUUCAAACCCUUUUUCUUUUACGAAUGUGAAUUUUUUGAGUAAACAACUGCUUUUAGAAAAUUUGAAGUUUUUCAAAACUUAAAUAAUAAGGACAAAAUGGAGUCCUAUGCCUAGAAAACAUUCAUUUUAAAAGUGAGAAAAACUUUAAUUAUUUUCUUUUUUGGUUUUAAAAUAACACAACAAGUCCAAAAUCACUCUCCAAUAACCCGAAAUCUAACUUUGCCCUCUUUUACAAAUUUUAUGUUUAGAAAGCGAUAAUGAAGUACAACAUCCAACGGAUAAUGCUCGACGUGAGAUUCGGUUCUGGAACUUCAAAUAGAAUAGUUCAUGUAUGAUUCCCCUCAUUGUGAAGAAUCUCAAGUGCUUUUUUAGGAAGAAGAAGUGGAAAUUUCGGACGUCGUCUCUCACGAAAUGGUUGGCGAUCCAGAUGAACCCCAUUGAUUUUACAUAAAAAUUAUAAAUACUUUUUCCUCGUUCCUAUCAUCACAUUCCAAAUUAUUUAUUUCGUUAUCAAUUUUUUUUUCUUUGUCAAGAAACUUGCAUCUCAUUCAUUGUCUCCAGUGAUAUCUAAGUAUCAUAUUCACUUUAUCCUUAACUUCAUGAGCUUUGUGUUAAUUUCUAAUGAUUUGUUCUCUUUUACGAUUGUAUCGAUCGGGUCGGGCAUAAUUUUGUUCUUUUCUCUUUUCUUAAUCUGAUAUGUUCGUUAUGCUCGGAAUAUAUGUCUCCAAUCUAUUGAAACAUUUUCUUAUACAAGAAAUCUCAUGAAACUAUGGAAAAUAAUGAAGAGAACAUUUUGGUUUUUUUUAAUGAUGAGCAAUAUUUAUGAACUGGAAAAAAGAAAUGGAUUGAAAGGUUAAUAAUAACAUUUAUAUACUUACAAGCAGAACAAAAUAACACGUACAAGAAUGGUUCGAGACCGAAAAAAAAGGUUAGGAAAAAAACACUAGCAGAAAAAGAAAAGAACAGCUCCCAUUGGAGAUCUGAGAUAGUAGUGAAUUUAUUUUACGACCAAUUUCGCGGAGAGGUUUCUUAAUCCUCCAACUUUUUUCUCUCCUAUUUCCCUGUUGAGUUUCAGUUGUUUUAAUGUGAUUCAAUGACGCAAGUUACGUAAAUAUGCUUGACAAAGGCAGGAGACGACGCUUGACCCGAAGGAGUUGCGCAAGCGGCGCAAAAUUAAUGAAAAGGCUCUCGUUUGGGCUGCCGCCAGGCAUAUCAAUUACAGGUUGAGAGGAUGCGCGGUAAUCUCCCGGGAAGCGGCGGCCGGAAAAGGGAUUACUUACCGUCCAGUAUUUGUUCAACAAUCCAAGGAUUCGGCCACUUUAUUAGGUGCUAAGGACAGUCGAGGCUUCGGAAAGAGCUUUUUCUCGUUUUGAUAGGUCCUCUUGGUUGUUCUUUUCUAACUAAAGAAAAAACCGUUCUUGCUGGAUUUUCAAUGAGCGAAAACAUAUUGAAUGAAAGUCUCUUGGCGACGUUCUCAUUGUUUUUUGGACUGUACUGGAAUACCUUGAAACCGGUUUCUGAACGAAUUGUGGAAGAUUCGACCCCUGUCAUUCCUAUGCUCAAAUGUAAUAUUGAUGCAACUACAAAGUGAAAAAAUAAACUCAAACGAAGUAAGAAAGGGAAAAUCUAGAUUUCGGAAUCGUGAAUCUAUUCACAGUUUUCCAAAUAGAAAUAUCGAAUUAAAAAUAAAUAAGUUACUCGAAAAGAGCGUAUAAAUUUAACAAUUUAUUUACAAAAUUACUUUUGAAUUAUAGAUUUCUAGACCUCAGAAGUCAAAGCCUUCAUCUUUCACUCAAUACCGACAAGUUCAGAGGCUAAACAGGAACAAACGAACUCUCACUGUUCAUUAAUCAUCAAAACGAAGAAAUUGGCUGCUGUUCAUGGAAUGGAAGAUGUGACCUGAAGCUCUCGGAUUGCGGUUCGUCGGCACGUUUUCCGCGACAAACACGGCCGACACUUCAUUAGUGCGGCCGACCCCAUAUGUUGCUAAUAAGAUUAAUCAAGUCAUAGUGGAGUCAAUCGAGGCGCGAGAAAAACAGUCCGCACCUACCGUACUCCUUUUCUGUUCGUUGGCGCAUCUUUGCAGCCGUUAUUUGCAUUUGUAUCGUGCCACACGGCUUCGGCAGUAAUAAAGAAGCGGCUAAGAUGUUCCCGACGGAGACGGACUACGGCUGGAUUAUACGAUCACAACGUGUAUUGUUCCGAUUGGAGCCAACUGAAGGCGGCUCUUUUUGGCGGGACACUUUUGCUCCGGGUUUUUGAGCCACCGGUUGGAGAUACUGUCGCUGUACAGAGAUGAAAAAUAUGAAUAGACAGAUUCAAGAAUCUUUUGUUGCAGAAAUAUAUCGAUGACCUCGAACCCGAUUUAAAGAUAUUUUGUCCGGCCUUAUAAACAUCAAUUUUAAGCUUUGAAAGUCGAUGUUUAAAAUAUUCAUUUCUAGGACUUUUUUUACUUUCACCUUUCAUUAGUUUGUAGCCUCAUUUUCACAUUUUUCACACACACCUUCAAGAAACCUUGUGAAGGAUCUCAGAAGAUUUUAGAAAAAGCUCAAAAUCAAAAAAAGAAAAAUUAAUCACCCUCAAAUUUGAUUGAGAACUAAAUUUUUUGAGAGACUUGAGUCCAGUGAAUCUUCGAAAAAUUUUGAAAAAGUCAAUCCAAACCUUGAUACAGCUCCAACAAAGUCAAAAUAUUAUAAAUGAGAGUUGAUUCUCCUCCAAUGCCCUGACUUCAAAAGCUCUCUGCUUCUGACCAUUUGGUCUUUUCUCGAAACGCCGUCAUAAAUCCAGGACGGAGCAAAAGAGCCGCGUCGAAAACCGCUGCGGGGUGCCUUCCACGGUGGCCUAAUGAAAAUCGCGGCGCUGAUGGAUCACUGGGACGGGCAAGGCGGCGCGGCGUCUUCUGUACUGUCAGUCAUGCGUUUCACACUCGACCAGUCAGCCAUUAUGCUAAUCCAAUUGAGGUUCGCGCCGUUCCGAGACCAAUUACGUCACAUGCUUCGAGCCUCGGCUGUAAUUACAAGCCGAAACAACUUCGCCUCACCGCUGAUCCAACUUUUUGUACAACUUCUGGAAGAGCUAUGGUUAGAUCUAGUGUUAAAGAAGCUUUCAUAAAAGCCGAAGAGCUGAUUCCAGUGGAAGUUUAUAGGUCUGCUUUUUUGAAGAGUAGCUCUAGGAAGAACCAUAGUUGUCGAUUCAUCUCUCUUGACUCAAGUUGCAGCGAGUGGAGGAGGACGAGCUCAAGCUCUAGUGGAAGACUGAGCAAACAGUCUCAUGCUGUCGGGUCAGCCCGAUUUAUGGCACGUGUCUUCCGCUUUUAACACAUAUUCCUCUUCAGAAAGUUGCCAUUCAGUCGACUUUAAGUGGGUGAAUCCACUUCCCAACUGAUACUUACCGAAAAUUGGGCGAUAACAGGUGUCCAAGCGAAAAUGUAGGAUUGAAAUUUUACCUUACUCAAUUUGUCCUAAACUAAUUCGUUGAGCCUUUAGUUAUUUCCACAUAGAAAAAAAUCUCGCAGGGAAUAUGAUCCUGUUAUCAUCAAAAAUUGCUUUCCAGUGAAAAACUCAAAUGAAUUCUCGAGUUUCCAAGUCCUUAAAAAAAUAUCGUUGAAUAGCAAAGAACUCAGUAUAAAAAACCGAAAUAGUAAAUAAUCUGUAUACUGAAGAUAAUAAAUUUAACGCAGCUUGGGGCAAAGAUGCUGUAGACAUCUAAAACUAUCUUUUCUGCGCCCUCUCCCUAAAGAAGAAAAUGAACCAAAUUGAAUAGAACGAAGAAAUUUUUUUGGAUUCUGAAUAGCAAAGCACCCUUGUCUCUCAAAAUCUCAAGCCAUUCAAAAAACGAUCUAUUCAUUGUUUCGAGCCCACUCAAAGUGCCUCCAUGAUGUAACGAAGAACUGGUUACCUAACAAAAACCGGGAAAAGGAUAAUCCAGCGUAGAACAGACGAAAAAAGGCGUCAAUUGACCUAAGCACUCGAAGGUUUCGAGAGGGUGCCAGCAACAGUUGUCCACUCGGUCCGAUUAUCGAGGAGCAGCCAGUUGAGAGGCCAAAAAACGGUAAUUAUGCGCAGAGCUGUUGCCAGCUAUUGUGACCUGGGUUAAGAGGCAAUUAUGAUAAAAAAUUGAGAGUAACCCGGUCAUUGAGAGUGCGCCAAACUCUUGAUUAUUGUACACGUUUAAUUGACUGAUCGAGGCAUAGCAUUAUUAGUGCACUUCCGGCUAAAUUGUUGCUUUCAACUAAUUGAAGACUUUAAAUAUCCCUCUAAAAGUCCAAUUCGUGAUUUUUUCUAAAACUAGGUCUGUCCAAAAAUAGCUCAUCCAAUUGAACUUUAAAAUCGAGUUGAAACGUUGACGCUUUUCGAAAGCCGAAUUCUGAACUUAAAAUUUAAAAAAAGCCGAUUGAAGGCAAAAUUAAUGUUUUUUUGUUGAUUAUAGAGAUAAGAUAGCUCAAACAACGUCGGAUUCGCUUCGCUUGACGAAUUUUUUUAGCGUAAAAACUUUAACAUAGGUCGUUUUUUUCCAGCUUUAAAGUGAAAAUAGCAAAAUUAAAGCUGAAUAAGCGUUCAUUGUGGUAUUCCCAUCAAUCGAAAUAUUACGCUUAAAACCAUGUAAUUUUUUUAAGAAUAGAAAGAUAUUUAACCGUUUGAUUUCAAUCAAAAAAAUAGUUUGAAACCUUGAGAUAGAAAAAAAGUUUAGAAGGCCCAAAUUUUUUUCCUACCUAAAUUUAUAAAUAAAAGCCAAAAAAACACCAAACAAAAAAAUAAUAUAAAAACACAAAAAUAAUAAUAUUUCUUUGAACUUCUACAAGUGAAAAUUUCGCUCUACUAUCCACGAUUGUACUUUUCACUGUAAAUCGCCUUUCCAUGGCUUGAGUCUUCCGUUGCAAACUACAGUAAUCCUGGAGAUGGGAGGAGCCAGCCGCGCCGCCCCUCUCGGUUCGGAGCCGACCGCCCGGGAGCAUCAUUCGCGCAGAGCUCAGCGCCAACAGGCGGUCAGCUCGGUUCACUGUCCUUUUUUAUCUUUCAUAUGCAAAAGCUCUUUUUCAAUACUUAGUAAUGUCAGCAAUUUGAUUGAAGUUUUUCGGCACAAAAUCUAGGACUUUCCUUUUCUAGCUGCUUCUUCCUUCAAUUUAACCCUAUGCUGAAAUUUAUCAAAUUCUUCAACCUGAUUUAUUAUAGUCACCUCCACCUCUAAAAAACCAGCUCAGCCCGAUUUUUAUUCUUUAUUAUAGAGAAAACCCUCUCAAUUUCUCCUUUCCCGCAGUCGCCCGAAAAUGUAUACCGUUUAGUUCUCUGAAUCCAAUCUUACAAAGACUUUUUCUCAAUUUGCAGUAAGCUUUUCGAAAUGGCGCCUUCGACCUCUUCGUCUUCGUCGUCGCCGGAAGUCGGUGACCAGAUCAAGCGCAAGCAGCGGCGGAUCAAGGCCAACGGCCGAGAACGAGCCCGAAUGCACGGCCUCAACGACGCGUUGGACGUCUUGCGGCAGGUGAGACCACCACCUUUUAUGCCUUUCCGGCGCCCAGGGAAAACGGCUGUCUAAUGAGUCCUGACAUCGAGACGUAAUUGUGGUCAGACCAAAAAGAAAUCGAAAAGGGCUUGUAUCCGAGAACAUUUUGAAAGAGUUUUACCUUCUUAAAAGUAAAUGGCUGAAACCGCUCAAACCAGAAAGCGGAAGGAGUUUUUCCAAUACAGGAAACUUUCGUAAGAAUCAUACAGAACUACUAAUAACUUUCAAAUUAAUGUAAAAUAUGAAGAACUCCAUCAUUUUUUUUGUAAACUUUUUGUUUUUUAGAUUUUUUGGAAACGAAUCAGUUUUCCUAUGAAUUUCUUAAAAAUUUGGCUCAAAGUCUUGAAUCACCUAGAAUCCGACUUCGGAAUUUAACAAAAAUAAUUACAUUAUAUUUCCAAUCCUAAUUUCAAAAGAAUAUCAAUUUCAGUACGUGCCGCUGACGACGCAACACCAGAAGUUGAGCAAAAUUGAGACACUACGGCUGGCACGGUGAGAAUUGCAUAACUUCUGUUUGUAAAACGCUAUUGGCCUGGAGCAAAUCUAUCAAAUUACCCGGGGUUGACAUGAUGGCACUAGGCCAUAUCACGUGUUGCUCAUGUUAACAAACAAACACCAUUUUGGUUGCCAAACAGAAGCUCGAGCACACGUGCAACAGUAUCACUGCGAUCCGAGCAAAUAAACCUCAUUCUGGGUAGUUUUUGGAUUUUUAUGUGGCGAAAGUUCUGAGCGAUUCGAAUUUUGAGAAGUCCAGCUGAGCUCAUUUCCUCAGUGCGCAGGUCAAAUAGGGUAAUAAACGGGGGUUGCGUAAUGAGAACGUAAACCGCUACGAAUAUUUUCUUGACAAUUAUACGGAUCUCAUCACUGACCAGAAUAUUAAAACAUUAAAGUCAUUGUGAAACUUGAAAUUUUCUUUAAAAGUCUUUCAUCAGCCGAAAAUUUUUCAAUUCAAUAAAAAUCUCCUAUUUAACUUUCUUCUUCAAUCAAAACUUUAAUCAAAAUCCGUCAGUUUUUUUUCUAAAUCUAUUAACUGAACAGUUUAUGAAUAAAAAGCUAACUCCUGACUAGGAAUCUAGAACUAAGAUGCUACACGGAAACUCAUUUCAAGACAUUACCCAAAACGUGUGUUGCCAGAAGAUGCAUUUUAAUUACCGCCAACUGUUGCGCGAAACGGUUUUUAUUGCGAAUUCUUGGUGCUUCAUUCCAAUUUUGGCGCAUGACGUCUGCAAAGCCAUAACAUGAGUAAUAAUCGGCAAUAAUUUGCAGAAACUACAUCGGCGCCUUGCAACAAAUGCUGCAGUCUGGACGUCAGCCGACGCCUCUCGAGUACGCCCAUCAGCUCUCCUUCGGCCUUUCCCAAACCACCACCAACAUGCUCGCCAACCUUCUACAGGUAGUCCCAAUUCUACAUGGUUGACAAUUUCUAUCGAUCAAUUUUCUGUAUUCCUCUUACUAGAAAAGAGUCUGAAGUUACAGUCAGACUAGGAUUGCUGAAUUGAUCCGAUUUCCUGGUUCUUGAAAUGACAGUUUUUGAGCACAAAUCUAGAAAUUGCGAGAGAAACUGCAUGUCUCAUUCAAAAUGGUCUUAUUUUUUAAUGAAUUCCAGUUCGAAAUUAUUGAGACAUUUCUUUAAAUACCUAGUUGGACUUUCUGAUAAAUAUUGAUAAACAUCUUCUUUUACAGGUUCAACCGCGGAUGUUACUGCCUCCGAGUGGACUUCCUGUCUACGAACAGCCGUCCUUCUCGCCUUGCAGUUCGGCCUACUCUCCAGUGGCUCCUUCGGCCGUUCAGCCGCCGAUCACCGGAUCUCCUCCGUAUUUCUACGCAGCCGACGCUGCUCCGCCGCAACCUAACUUCGGAUAUCCACAAGGGUCCGAGUCCCACUAUCAUUGUUCUCCAACCAACAACAAUUAUCCUUACUCUUUAUGA